AUGUCAGAAUAGCUUCCUGUCUGUGGUUGCUGGUGACUUGGCGGCGUUUCAUGGACAAAAUUGAAAUAUUUAAACUCGAAAAUGCUCGCUCGUCUUUGUAGGGAUUUCGUUUAUAAUUUUAAAAUAUAUUUAUGACCUCGCGUACUGCAAAUAUUUAAAGAAAAGUCUUGCAUUCGCGUCGUAGAAUUUGUGAAUUUUGGAAGCGAACUUGGUUUCCGGUGCAAGCUUAUAGUAAACUCGUGUUGUAUAUAAAAGUUAUUUGAAAAGAUGCAUUUAAUUUUUGUCUUUCUUGUGAUGUUAUCUACUUCGCUUUGUGCCAAGGAGAAAUGUGAAACGUGUAAGGAUAUAGUUACAAAAUUUAAAGAGGUUUGUAUGUUUGUAUGUAUGUUUUUUUGAUUUGUUGAUGUGAAAAUUAAAUUUUUGCAUUGAAAGAAUGAGGUGUUUUGGUUUUUCAAGGGCAUGGAAAGGACAUCGCGGCAUAAUUUUGGUGGGGGAAAUACGGAUUGGGAAGAAACACGAUUGGGUACCUGGGCUGACAGGUAGGAUUUGAAAUAUUUUGCAAUUUUUUUAAGUCUUGAUUCAGUUAGUUUAAAACAAAAUUUUGAAUGAACAAGUGAAUGAAAAAAUGGAAUGUUAGUGAAUGAAUGAGCAAGAAUGAAAUUCCAAUCUUGAAAAGUAUAAAACGAAACAUGAUUCAAUGAUUGGUCUUGAGUCAAAACAAGAUGAGAAUGCAUGAGUUUGAUAUAUGAUACAAGUAGUCUUUAUAAUAAUGAUUUCUUGUAUACAUGCAAAAAUCUCACAUCUUGUAACAAGUUUGUCAACAAGCCAUCAACAAGUUGUCUUCGCACUGCUUGUCACAAGUUGUCAACAAGUUUGGAACAUUAACCUGUUAACAAUUUGUGAUAAGCUUGUUGAUAUUAUUAGGCUUGUUACAACCUUGUGUUGUCAACCUUGUAACAUUCUUGUUAUAUCAUGACUGUAUCAGACUUGUUGGAACAAUUUUGCUACAAGUCUGAUAGUGCCAUCUACACGCCUAAAAACACACAGCUUGUAACAAGUCUGCAAACAAGUUGUUACAGGUCUGUUCACAAGCUGUCAACAAGUUGUGUUCGCACUGCUUGUUCUAAGUUUGUUGUAACAAGUUUGGAACAAGUUGUUAACAACUUGUAACAAGCUUGAUGGCACUAUCAGCCUUGUUACAAGACUGUGCCAACAAGUUUGUUACAGCCAUGAUAUAACAAGGGUGUUACCAGGUUGUCAACACAAGGUUGUAACAAUCUUGUUACAUCAAGCAUGUAACAGACUUGUCAGAACAACCUUGCAACAAGUCUGAUAAUUUCGACUAGGUUGUUACAAGUUGUCAACAAGUUGUUCCAAACCUGUUGACAACUUAUAACAAGCAGUGCGAAUAUAUAUCUUGUUGACAGCUUGUUGGCAGACUUGUUACAAGAUGCGAGAUUUUUACGUGUGUAGCUUGUUACAAGUUGUUAACAGCGCUUGUUUCAAACUUGUUUGAACAACUGGGAACUUGUUUCAAACUUGUUUGAACAACUGGGAACUUGUUUCAAACUUGUUUGAACAACUGGGAACAAGCAGUGCGGACACUUGUGAACAGAUUUGUAACAACUUGUUUGCAGACCUGUAACAACUUGUGCAUUUUUAUGUGUGUAACAAGGUUGUUCCAACAAGUCCAAUACAGUCAUGAUAUUACAAUAUUGUUACAACCUUGUGUCAUCAACCUUCAAGUUGUAACAUUCUUGUUAUAUCAUGACUGUAUCAGACUUGUCAGAACAACCUUGUAACAUGUCUGAUAAUACUUGUUUUGAUAUUAUCAGGCUUGUAGCAAGGUGUUUCCAACAAGUCCGAUACAGUCAUGAUAUAACAAUAUUGUUACAACCUUGUGUCAUCAUCCCUCUAACAUUCUUGUUAUGUCAUGACUGUAUCAGACUUGUUAGAACAACCUUGUAACAAAGUAAAUAAUAAUAAAUAAAAGUAAAAUUUUAAUUAGCUAACGUAUCUGAUAAUGCCAUCAAGCUUGUUACAAGUUGUCAACAAAUUUGAAAUAAAAUCAUAAUAUGUCAUUCCAGAAAAUAUCCCUUUGGAUGUCCUAAUUAAUAAUAGUUAGAACAACCUUGUAACAAGUCCACAUGCAAAAAUCUCACAUCUUGUAAGAAGUCUGCCAACAAGCCGUCGACAAGAUGUGUUUGCACUGCGUAAAAUUGUCACAAGUUGUCAACAGGUUUGGAACAACUUGUUGACAACUUGUAACAACCUUGUCGAAAUCAUCAGACUUGUUGUAAGGUUGUUCUGACAAGUCUGUUACUUGCUUGAUAUAACAACUAAGAUAAUGUUACAAUCUUGUGUUGACAACCUAAUGUAACAUCCUUGUUAUACCAUGGCUGUAACAAACUUGUUAGCACAGUCUUGUAACAAGGUUGAUAAUGCCAUCAAGCUUGUUACAAAUUGUUAACAGCUUGUUCCAAACAUGUUACAACAAACUGGGAACAAGCAAUGCAAACACAACUUGUCAACAGCUUGUGAACAGAUUUCUAACAACUUGUUUGCAGACUUGUUACAAGCUGUGAAUUUUUACGUGUGUAUAAUGAUUUCUUGUAGCAAGGUUGUUCCAACAAGUCUGAUACAGUCGUGAUAUAACAAUAUUGUUACAACCUUGUGUUGUAAACCUUGUAACAUUCUUGUAAUUAUAUCAUGGCUGUAUCAGACUUGUUAGAACAACCUUGUAAUAAGCCCGAUAAUGCCAUCAAGCUUGUUACAAGUUGUUAACUACUUAAAUAACAAGCUUGUUGAUAUUAUCAGACUUGUAGCAAGGUUGUUCCAACAAGUUCAAUACAGUCAUGAUAUAACAAUAUUGUUCCAACCUUGUGACAUUCCUGUUAUAUCAUGACUGAAACAGACUUGUCAGAACAAACUUGUAAUAAGUCUGAUAAUGCCAUCAAGCUUGUUACAAGUUGUUAACAGCUUGUAACAAGCUUGUUGAUAUUAUCAAACUUGUUGCAAGGUUGUUCCAACAAGUCCGAUACAGUCAUGAUAUAAUAAUAUUGUUAAAACCUUGUGUUGUCAACCUUGUAACAUUCUUGUUAUAUCAGGACUGUAUCAGACCUGUUAGAACAACCUUGUAACAAGUCUGAUAAUGCCAUCAAGCUUGUUACAAGUUGUUAACAAAUUUGAAAUGAAAAUAAAAAUAUGUCAUUCCAGAAAACAUCCCUUUGGAUGUCCUAAUUAAUACAAUUACUUUUACGUAAAAAUUUCACAACUUGUCAACAAGAUAUGUUCGCAACAGGCUUGUAGCAGGCUUGCCAACAAGUCAUAACAAUAUUGUUAUUUUAUCAAGUUGCUAGAAGGGUGUCACUCACAACUUGUUGACAAAUUGUUGAAUUACUGGAUGAUAACAAGUUGUUGGAACAACUUGGAGCAAGUCUGUUGAACUCAAUAAUCUCGUAGCGAGUUGUCACCAAGCAAUGGAAACACAUCCUGAUGACAAGUUGUUCGAUUACACACAUAAAAACGCACAAGUUGUUACAAGUCUGCAAACAAGUUGUUACAAAUCUGUUCAUAAGCUGUCGACAAGUUGUGUUCGCACUGCUUGUUCCCAGUUGUUGUAACAAGUUUGGGACAAGUUGUUAACAACUCAUAACAAGCUUGAUGGCAUUAUCAGACUUGUAGCAAAGUUGUUCUAACAAGUCUGAUGCAAUCAUAAUAUAACGAGAAUGUUACAAAGUUGUUCUAACAAGUCUGAUACGGUCGUGCUAUAAGAAAAAUGUGACAAGAUUGGCGACACAAGGUUGUAACAAUAUUCGUUAUGUCAUGACUGUAUUGGACUAAGUUGGAACAACCUUGCUACAAGUCUGAUAAUAUCAACAAGAUUGGUGCAAGUUGUUAACAGCUUGCUCCAAACUUGGAACAAACAAUUAAUAAUUAAUGAUAAUUAUAAUAAUUUAUUAAUUUUUAAAGCGCUAAACACUAUAAAUAUUCUAAAGCAGUGCGAAGACGACUUGUUGACAGACUUGCUACAAGAUGUGAGAUUUUUACGUGUAUAGCACAACCAUUGUUCACAACGGAAAAAUCUCACAUCCUGUAUAGGAAGUCUGAUAACAAGCCGUCAGCAAGUUGUGUUCGUAAUGCUUGUCCCAAGUUGUCAACAAUUAUGGCACAACUUGUUUACAGUUGUAACAAGCUUGUUGAUAUUAUCAGACUUGUUGCAAGGUUGUUAAUAGAACAAACUUGAUGUUUACAACUUGAAAGAAGCGGUGCGCAUACAACUUGUUGACGGACUUGCUAUACACACGUAAAAACGCACAAGUUGUAACAAACCUGCAGCAGACUUGUAGCAAUGCUGUUCCAACAACUUGUCAACAGGAUGUGUUCGCACUGCUUGUUCCCAGCUUGUUGACAAGUUGUCAACGGCUUGUUGAAAACUUGCUGUGAGGUUGUUGAGUUCAACAGACUUGUUACAAGUUGUUCCAACAACUUGUUAUCGUCCUGCAAUUGAACAAUUUGUCAACAAGUUGUGAGUCACAAGCUUGUUGCAACUUGAUAAAAUAACAGCAUUGCUACAACUUGUUGACAAGCUUGCUACAAGCCUGUUGCGAACACAUCUUGUUGACAAGUUGUGAGAUUUUUACUUGUGUACAAGAUGUGAGAUUUGCAUGUAUACACACGUAAAAAUAUCACAACUUGUCAACAAGAUGUGUUCGCAACAGGCUUGUAGCAAGUUGUCAACAAGUUGUUACUUUAUCAAGUUGCUACAAGGUUGUCACUCACAACUUGUUGACAAAUUGCUGAAUUGCAGGACGAUAACAAAUUGUUGGAACAACUUGUAACAAGUCUGUUGAGCUCAAAACCCUUGUAGCAAGUUGUCAACAAGCUGGGAACAAGCAGUGCGAACACAUCCUGUUGACAAGUUGUUGGAACAGCAUUGCUACAAGUCUGCUGCAGGUUUGUUGCAACUUGUGCGUUUUUACGUGUGGACGGUACCAUGAACCGAUUUUGCAAAAUUGUGCUUGUCUUGUUUUGACUCAUAAUAUCUUGAGUUUCAAGAUGCUAAUCCUCGGAUUCAGAGGCGCCGGAAUACAGCAAUUUUCGUCCAAGCACAAACCGCAAACAUUUUCGCGCGUUUGUUUACGUUUGAAACGGGGCGUUUACCGUUGGAAACUGAAAUGUUUCACCGCUCAUGUGACGUGUCACAUUGAAAAGCCUUAAGCUAUUUUUGGCGCAACAGUCAUGUUUUGAUGUGCUUCCGUGCACGUUUCAAUAUUUCCAAGCCCAUGAUAAUACGUUUUAGUCACAAAAAGUAUGAAUAUAAACAAGUUUGGUCGCUCUUACAAUAUCGUGAGCUUGGAAAUACUGAAAAGUACACGAAAGCACAUAAAAACAUGAAAAAUAACUGAAUUAGGCUUUUCACUAUAACACGUCACAUGAGCAGUGAAACAUUCCGUUUCCAACGGUAAACGCCACGUUUCAAACGUAAACAAACGCGCGAAAAUGUUUGCGGUUUGUGCUUGGACGAAAAUUGCUGUAUCGAUAAUUGCGGGGGCAGAUAUUCAUAUAUUCGUGUUCACAGACUGUAAUAAAAACAAUCGAUUUCAAAAGAAAUUAAUUGAGCAGAACACGAAUAUAUGAAUAUUUGCCCCCCCCCCCCUCCCCAAUUAUCGAUAUUCCGGCGCCUCUGCUCGGAUUAUAUAUGAAAUGUUUACAUAUGCUUUCUGGAGCCCUUUACUGGUGCGCUGAGAGGUAUGGGUACUUCAUUGGGGUGUGGGUACUUCAUUGGGAGGGUGGUAAUUUCUGAUCUGGAGGUGUGGAUAGUUUGUGGUAUGAGUGUCAUAAAUAAUUAUAUAUUCUCAUUUUACUUUGCAACUUUGAAAGUGUUCAUUAAAUGGCUUUUUUCAUAAUUUUUGACAGCGAAACGAGGCUCAUUGAUAUUAUCGAAGGUCUAUGCUCUGCUACAGAGGUAUGUUCCUGAUGAGUUAUGAUCAUACCUUCUAUUGAAAAUUUGUAAUCAUUAUGUGCAUCCUUUUCAAAUGGUUAAUUCUGUAUGGUUAAUAUAACACCAAUCGAUACCUUGUGUAGUGUCAUUCUAUGGUAGAAGAACACGAGGAAGAUAUAGAAAAUUGGUGGUUUAAACAGUGAGUUUAACAGCAGCUGAGUUUACAAAUUCAUUGAAAAAUAAGCUAGCAAUAUAUAUUCUACAAUUACAUUUAAUAUGUUUUUAGGAAGUCAAACGGUGUUGAAUUAGAAACUUGGUUGUGCAUUGAUACCAUACAAGGUAAAUACAAUUAUAUUGGAAUGUUUAUGGUGUAGUGUGUUAAUAAAAUUAAGUUUGCACCAUUACUGUAAAUAAAGAAAAUACAGUACGGUAGAAAAGAAAAUUAAUAUAUUCUUCUUUCCUUUAGUUUGCUGCCCGAGUGGAAAAUUUGGACGUAGUUGCGAAGGUGUGAAUGAUGUGAUUGUAUUAAAUAUUAAAAAAUAAACUUCUUCAUGAUUUGUUUCGAACGCUUGCCUUUCUAAUACUGUUAGACCUAGUUAAAUUUACGUGUAUGUAUUUUUUUCGCGAAUAGAAUGUCCAGGAGGAGCAGAAACACCUUGUUCAAAACAUGGAAAAUGCAAGGUACAACACGUCAAUAAGUAGUUUAUUGAUGUAGUUAUCACUACUGUUCUAGGAAGGCAGGCAGAAUAGGCAGAAUAGAAGACAGUUGGUUAGAGCGCUGCACAGGAAUCUCGCAGGUUCAAUUCCUGUCAGGGACCUGUAGUUGCAUUUUUCUCUUCUGUUCUUGGUUAGGUGUAAUAAUUGUAUAUAAAUUUCCACUCGAUAAUUUCCAUCUAAAAUACCCAUCAACUAUUAUUCAUUCGAGUCAGGAGAUGCCAACAAAAUCUUGAUAUUUAUUGUAGGCAUGUAAUACACCCUUUUGGAAAAUAUGUCACUUUCGCUAUAGACCCAUUGCACACAGCGGCGGCGGAACAGAUUUCGUUCUGGGGGGGCUAAAUUUUUUCGGCGACCUCCCCCUCAAACCUGAAGCUUAAAACUCCCCUAAAGCCAAACUUAUCUCAAUCACAAAAACGAAUCUCUAUAGCAAGGGCUUUCUGGGAGCGUGUAUUGAAAAAUAACUGAAUUAACACACAUUUCGUACAUGUUAACAAUUUGAAAGGGUAAUGGCACUCGUACAGGGACGGGCGAAUGUGAAUGUGAUGAUGGCUACACGUCGAAAUCAUGCAAUGAAUGCGAUGAAGGAUUUUAUCAAGAUAAAAACAACACUUCUGAACUGAACUGCCUCGGUAAGUUGAAGUAG